UUUGACCUCAUGUUGAGCCGGCGGCUGAUGUGCGAAUUCAAAAUUGAAGUGCUAAAUCCGCCGGCUAAUUGACAAAGAAUUUAACUUCGAUCAUCGAAAAAAAUACACCAGAAAGAUUUCUAAAUCAUGGAUGAAACAAGUGGAUUUGGUUACUGGGGAGGAAUGAGUGAGGAAAUAUUAAAAAGAGACUAUCCACUCCAUCGAGCUUGUCGAGACGGCGAUGUAGAAGCUUUGUCCUUGUUGUUACUACAAGCUCAACACAGCGUCUACGUUGAAGACACGUUUUACGGUUGGACGCCGGCACAUUGGGCAGCUUAUUUCGGGCGGACAAGCAGACCUGUAGAGGAAUUCGAGGCUAGAAAGCUGGCGUGUUUGAGAAAGUUAAUGAGUAUUACUCGACUGGGAGCGGAUUGCGAUGUGCUUACGACACGCUUUCUGCAGACCCCUGCACAUAUUGCAGCUUUUGGUGGGCAUCCGGGAUGUUUGCAAUGGCUGCUACAGUCUGGGGCAGGGAGAGACAAACAGGAUUACCUGGGUGAGACACCGAUCCAUAAAGCCGCCCGUACUGGCAGCAUGGAGUGUAUCAGUCUGCUGGCCUCUCAUGGUGCUUCACUCACAAUCCGGAGCUAUUCUGGUAACAUUCCUGCCCAACUAGCGAGAAACUGCGGCUACGAAGAGUGCGCCAAUUACUUAGAACGUGCACUAGAGCAACAGAAGCUUCAACAGACAGGCCAGACACCGGGAUUGCUGCCUCCUGUUACAGCCAACGAAGAAAGUAGUGAAAAAAAUCAUGACUGUGUUGUCAAACAGGGACUUAAUGGUGGUCUUCUCCCACCACCAGAUACUGUUACAACCAAUGGAAUCAACGAACAAGACCACGAAAUGGAGGAAAUGGACUCAGAUUCACAUGACCUUCACCAAGGUCAAGGUGAUGGGCCUCAAGGUCAUCACCUGAGCAACCCUCCUGUGGUAAAUGGUCAUAUAAAUGCUCACCCUCACCUUCAUCCCACAGUCAACGGCUCCUCUCAGGUACACCUAAACGGUGAUAUUCUCUUGCAAAAUGGCGUCUCAAGCAAUCUGGUCCCUAUAGCAGGGCAUAAACGAUGUCGAGAAGACGAUGGAGAGGAGAACUACAAGAAAGUGCGCAGAGGAGAUGAGCAUGAAGCACCAUUCUCUCCCAGUCUACACAUAAAUGGUAGCACAGAAGGAGUAACUUCUCUUACUACAGCCAAUGGCACCAUGGAGACUUGGCAAAAUAAAGAUGAAGACAAAGAAAAGCAGCCUUUUGUGCACGACUGGCCUCAGUAUUUUUUCCAUGUGUGACAUUGUUCUCGAAUGUGUUGUUAGUAAUAAGAUUAUUGGUUAGCAGUAUGGUUUUGUUCUUUAGAAGUGAGGAUUUUAAUGUGAGAAAAUGAGUUGUAACACAGAGGUUUUUAUGUCUGAAAAGAGGCUAUAGACCUGUUAUUUUACUGUGAAUGACCUGUAUAUAAUUUGAGUUUCGUCCUGUUUCUUAGGUGCUGGCUGCUGUUGAUGUGCAAGAAAGGAGAAAUUAUCUGACGUUGUUUAUUUGUUUUGCUUUUCCCCCAAAAAAUGAACAGUUUAUUUUAAUUGUUUCCUUUCAUUUAUUUCUAAAGGCAGUGUUUUUAAUAGUUAUUUAAAUUAGAAAAAAAAAAAAAACAUAUAAUUCAAGAUAUAUUUCUCAGAUGAUCCACAAAAUAUUUUGGCCAUAUUUUAACAGAAAUCUUUUUUUCUCUCUCUUUAGAACCUUUCACGAGGAACACAUGCAAUGGCCUCCCUGUGCACAUCAACAGCAACCAGCACGAGGUAACCGAGAGCGCCGUCGAACAUGACAGCACACUUGCAAUGCAACAAGGCUACGACAGCUUGAUCUACGAAGCCAUGGUCACACAACAUGGUUCUUGACUUCAAUUCCUUCUUUGAUACUAAAAAAAGGAGCAUUUUCACAAAUGGAUCUGGACCCACCGUUAUUUGUCAAAGAUUUUGUGUAGGUUCCAGUAAAAGAGACACAACUUCACUAUCUUGUGCAUAGAAUAUAUGCAUGUUGUGGAAAGUCCAGAGGUUGGAUCUGAAGAUGAAGGAAAAUCGACAAGAUCUUUGCCAAAUGUGAAUGCAUCUCCGGUACCAUUAUUCACUCCUCAUAUAGUGCUCUGAAGAUAAGAUCUAGAUUUAUUUAAUAUUGAGAUAUUACAUUGCAAAACUGUCAAAAUCACUGAUUGAUGUUUUGCUGAAAAUUGAAACACAUGUAGUUCAAGACUGUCUAAUAGUAUAUUUCAAGUAGGUCUGGUAUGUCAUGUGACAUUCACAUGAUUAUCAUGUGACUUCAUCCAAUUAUGUCAACCACAUUAGCAGCUGUUAUGAAAGAUAUCAAAGUUUCUCAUUUUUGUAUGUUUGUACAUAUUGAUAGUUGUUUUAUUUGAUUAAGAAGAAAAAACUGUCAACUUUUAUAGAUUUGUAAACUAUUGUGUUUAAUAGGAUAGUAAAUCCCUUUUUAGGACAACCUGCAUAAACAUCUGAAGACAGGUUGUACCCAGUUUUAUUCUUGCAAUUAUGACCAAUGCUCAAACAUGACAUCUUUAUGGGAUGUGAAGGAAGUCAUUGGCUUAGUUCAACCCUGGUGGGGAAAAAGUUCUUUAAAUAAGGGGUGUUUUUUUAGUUUGAAAUGCUACAGACUGGUGGUCGGUAGGUAUUUGAACAUAGGGUCAAGGAUGCCAGCCAUUUUUAUGCCAAAAUCUUUUAAAUCGUACCUUGAAGUGAUGCUUUGAUCUCAUGUGAUUUUUGAAAUGGGUGUCACUUAUGAUCCAACAGGGUACACGUAACAUAUAUAUUAUAUAUAUUGAUAUGUGAGAUGUGUUUUAUAUUGUAAAAAUAAUUUGUUUUUAAUGUAUUAGAUUAUACAAAAAAGGUAAAUAUUUGCUUAUAUUUGGGUGUGAAAUUAUAUUUCUCUAAAACGGUAUCUUUAAAUUCUGCAUGUCAGGUGGUCAGAUCUACUUCAUCAGCUGUACAAAAUUGUGAAAUUGAUAAUCGAUGUAGCACUAUUUGUACCGUCUUUACCCAGAUGCAUAUUUAGCAUCUGCAUGUUAUUUGUGAAACCAGAGUCGCAAAGACAUGGCAGUGUGAACAGUUACGUGCAUAACCCGUAUUCUGUGUUAAGAUUCUUGUGCGAAAACUUGUCACCAAGCUAGUGCAGAGAAAUGCAAGGCAGUCUACCUUACUUGUAAAUAUGUCACUACCACAAAAUGGUGGUACUGUGAAUAAGUGGGCAAUUGAACUAAAAUUCAAAUUAUGAUUUUCUUUGGUAUUUCACUCAGGAAAUUAAGAAUUCAGUGAUUCAGCAUUCAGUGAUGUGACAUUUUCAUUGUCAGUAUGAUUUGAAAGAUGUUUAUGAAAAUCUGGUUUAUGAUAUUUUAAUCCACCAAAUACGGUAGGCUGAUGUGAAUUGACUAUUCUGCUUUAGACCACUGUUAACCUCAUGACACAUAAUAUUAUAUAAUUGGCAAAAAAAUUGGAAUUUAAUUUGUGAGCCAUACACAUUAUAACAUGGGGAUUUUAAGCAAAUGUCCCUUUUAUGGAAAUUAAUUGAAUGAUUAUGUUUACUGUGCUGUACACAGAGGAUUAUGAAAAAAAAAAAGAGAAGAGAAGAAGGAAGAGAAUGGUACAUCUUAAGAUUAAAAAUCUAGCCUGAUUUUAUCAUUUUUGUAAGAUGACCUAGUGGUGUUCCUUUCAGCUAGUCUACUGGCAGUACUUGCAAAAAAAAAACAAAAAACGCACAAACAUUUUAGUCAUGAUGUAAUGGAGUCCUCAAGUCUGUGGUUCACACUGAAUAUAAUGAAAUUGAAAUCCUAUUAAAUUAUAUUAUCAUUAAAAAGGUGUGGCUAUUGAAUAGAAAUGUUGAUUAUGAGAGUAAACAAGAAGUGAAUAGAUUGCCUGCCUUUGGUUAUCAUGUUUUUUUUUU